GCGGGUCGAGGACACACUUCCGCCCCUCACCAAUAUGGCCGCAGGCUGGCACUGCGCAUGAGCAGCUGUCUAUGGAGAGACCUAGAUCCAAAGACGGAGAACGCUGCCGGGGGAAAUUGGCGACUGAAGCGGCCUGGGCCGGAUUUAGCAUUCAGGCCUUUGAGUCAGGAGAUACGAAGUCCUCCGAAAGAAGACCAGAGACUCGGAUGAGCCCCCUCACAGAGAGAUGAAGGGGCAGCAGAAAACAGCUGAAACCGAAGAGGGGACAGUGCAGAUUCAGGAAGGUGCAGUGGCUACUGGAGAGGAUCCGACUAGUGUAGCUAUCGCCAGCAUCCAGUCAGCCGCCACUUUCCCCGACCCCAACGUCAAGUACGUCUUCCGAACUGAGAAUGGGGGCCAGGUGAUGUACAGGGUGAUCCAGGUGUCUGAGGGGCAGCUGGAUGGCCAGACAGAGGGCUCUGGCGCCAUCAGUGGCUACCCCGCCACUCAGUCUAUGACUCAGGCAGUGAUCCAGGGAGCCUUCACCAGUGACGAUGCCGUUGACACGGAGGGGGCAGCUGCUGAGACACAUUAUACGUACUUCCCCGGCACCGCAGUGGGAGACGGGGCAGGGGGCACCACGUCUGGGAGUACCACAGCUGUUGUUACCACUCAGGGCUCAGAGGCACUGCUGGGGCAGGCAACCCCGCCCAGCACAGGUCAAUUCUUUGUGAUGAUGUCACCACAAGAAGUAUUGCAGGGAGGGAGCCAGCGAUCAAUUGCCCCCAGGACCCACCCUUAUUCCCCGAAGUCAGAGGCUCCCAGGACAACUCGAGAUGAGAAACGGAGGGCUCAGCAUAACGAAGUGGAGCGCCGCCGCCGGGACAAGAUCAACAACUGGAUUGUACAGCUGUCCAAGAUCAUCCCAGACUGCUCCAUGGAGAGCACCAAGUCUGGCCAGAGUAAAGGAGGCAUCCUGUCCAAAGCCUGCGACUACAUCCAGGAGCUGCGGCAGAGCAACCACCGCUUGUCGGAAGAGCUACAGGGCCUAGAUCAACUGCAGCUGGACAACGAUGUGCUGCGACAACAGGUGGAAGAUCUUAAAAACAAGAACCUGCUACUGCGAGCUCAGUUACGGCACCAUGGAUUAGAGGUCGUCAUCAAGAAUGACAGCAACUGACUCUGGGGACUCAGGGGCUUUGGGCCGAGAACUGCAGACAGCCCAGGAGCAACAGGCUGAUGAUAACCCCUGCCCCUCUCCUUCACUGCCUGCUUCUGGCAUGGGACUCGGGGGAGUUUGGCAAGUGUGUUUUUGGACUGAGGCCCCGUGGCGGCCGUCUGCAGUGGGCGAUGUGAAGCAGUGUGGAAGGCACCGACGCAUUGCCCGCUCCCACCGCGUGGUCCCCGGGCCUGGUACUCCUUUGGCACAUUGCAUGUGCUGUCCCCUUGGUGGACACUGGACACUGGAUCUGGGCUUGCCCUGCGCUUACUUGGAGUGCCUGGAGAGGGUCUGUGGGCCUAGUCCUUCACUGGCUCUUCCUUUCCCCAGAGCAGAAGAGGCAAACUUGAGUACUCUGGGGAGCAGAAGGGCCAGUGAGCAGCUGAGGCCUCUGCAGAAGCCUCUGGAGCCAGGGAGAACUAGAGGCAGGGCCGGGUUCACUGAGCCUUCCCUGUUCCGGGGAUGGUUCUUUUUAUGUCUUUACUGUUUUUUGUUUUUUGUUUUUUUUUUUUAAAGAUAAAACUGUUUAGAGCCACA